AAAUCGGUCGACUCCAUGGCAUCCGCGUUGGCUCCAUGGCAACCCGAUUGGCUCCAUGGCACCUCGGUCGGCUCCAUGGCAAAUCGGUUGGCUCCAUGGCAACUCGGUUGGCUUCAGCAGUGUCUGCAUAGCCACCAACCCUCGUCUAGCAUUUUCUUUGUAGCCAUGGCUUCUACCACCUUGCAGUCUACGCUAGGUGGUGUUAGUGCACCACGUCCUUCAACAAGCGUGCCUACCACUAGUCGUUUUACGGCCGUCCCUACUGCCCUUAAUGCCAACCGUCCUGUUGAUGCUGACUCCAACAUGCCGCCGUUCAAGAAAGCCAAGAAGCGGACCUCCCUCAUGUGGAUGUUUUUUGAGAAGAUGGAAGGGACGGAGAAGGCACGGUGCAUGCUUUGUUCGAACAAGGGGUCGAACGUGACCAUCUCGUGCAAUGGCGGCUGCACCACCGCAAUGAAGAACCAUGUUACGAGUCACCACGCACCUCAAUAUACAACAAUCACUGGUGAGGAUGUGGGAGCUGGUGGUAACCAAGACAUUGGGAAGGCGAUUCGUGGGAACACCAUGACACGGACAAGGAGAAUAGGAGGCGUUUGGUGAGGGUGAUUCUCAAGGGGAUUCUCUCCUUUAGGGCUCUCACUUGCCCCGAGUUGUUGGCAUACUU